UAUGGUUCGAGGAAAAGCAUAUUGCGGUUGCCAGGAAAGGAGGAGGGUCGUAGAAUUGGCGCCCACUGACCCGUUGGAGGGUCAGCAAUUUACUCAGGACCGUAUAAUAUUUUGGUAUCGCAUGUACCCAUAAAAGAACAUAAUAUAUUUAUAUAAUGGCUCGAAAGAUAGAUCGAAAGACGGAGAUUGUUUAUUUACAAAUUUUCCUGCAUUUCACUACGUGAUACCGUAAACGAUAAUGUCAAGAUAAAAAGAGAGUAUGAAUUUUUUAAGGGAACGAUAUUGAUCCGCAGAAACGUGUAAAAUCUAUCUAGAGAGGCUGUACUUUAUCGGAGCAAUAACGGAUUGCGAGAUAUACAUAUAUGUAUAUAUGUAUGAAACGUGUUUGUCUACGAUAAUACUUCUGGGAUUUCCACGGUGCGAGCAACGAUGUAAUUUAAAAUCUUCCUGGAGUCUUUUAAAGAUAUUCCUUCAGUCGCAAUAAACACAGAGUUAGGAACGGUCGCUGAAAGGUAUCCUUAGGGUGGUGCAAGACCGGCGCCUAUGGCCCUUCAGGCGGUGUGUGCGUGCGCCUUCUAUGCGGGUAGAGGGAGAGAUUGGUGAGCGCCCCAAUGACGUCAGGGCCGAUCGUCAGGCGCAAACGGGGUUGGCACCGUACUACUACGUCAGAAUGACGAGCCGAUAAACCAUCCCAUCGCGAUUCUCUGCGGCGGGCGGGCCAACGGUCUUGGGGGUGACCGUCGGUUCGCGGAGGAUGGCGAGCUCCGGGUCGGCGGCUGUCGACGGGGUCGGCGAGAACAAUGCCACGUCCGGAGUCGAUCCCGGUGUCCCCAGAAAUCCACUGGUCUGUGGUGUCUGUCAUGAUUACUAUAACGAGCCUUGCCUGCUCUCCUGCUUUCAUACUUUCUGCGCCCGCUGUAUACGUGGCCCUCACCUCGACGGAAAAGUCACCUGUCCCAUCUGCGGGCAACAAACGCAACUUAAAGAGGGUGCACAGUUACCACCACCGGAUCAGUUGAUACGUCAACUAGUAGAACUAGCCAAUUCUGAAAAUCCACCAUGUGCCAAUUGUGAUAAGCGAGACAAAUCUACUAUGUUCUUCUGCACAACAUGUGGGCAAGCUCUAUGUACCCAUUGCAGAGAACAUACACACCGCGCAAAAAUGUUCUCCUCUCAUGAGGUAGUGCAUAUGAGCAAAUGUGCGAAAGAUACUCAACGUCGUUGUCCCUCUCAUGGGGAGCAAUACAUCAUGUAUUGUCAAAGCGCCAAAUGCAUGCUUUGUGCAACUUGUUUUCGUGAUACACCGGUAGACGCUCGAUUACAUUGCGUGGACAUCGAAAGCGCUUGGCAACAGGCUUCAAAAAAAAUGGAAAGAGCAGCAAAUUCAAUUUGCGAAUUGCAGGCAGGCGUAAGAGACGGAGUUUUGGCAUUAAAAUCACAGUUGGAUGAGUUACGGCAUAGCCUGGAAUCGGAGAAACGCGCGUUAAAUUCAUUUUGUCAAGGAAUGCAAGAAGCGAUUACUAAAACUCACGCUUCCGUUCUAACGGAACUUCAACGUCAAUUUGAAACUAAGGAAAGAAUGGUUCGGACUCGAUUGCUAUCCUUGGGUAGUGCACUUCCAAUAUUACAGAUGCAUUUAAUGCUGUGUACGGCUUUUACAAGUGGUGCGACGAAAUAUCAAUUCCUUGAACUCGCACAUCCUAUGCUCGAAAGAUUGAGUCGCGUAGCUCAACUUGGACAUCCUACGAGACCUCCUCUACUUGCUGCCCAUUUGAAAACAAAUUAUAGAAGCGACUUUGCUCGUACGUUACAGCCUUUCGUUGGUCAGGUACAAACACCGAAAGAAUCGUUGUACGAUCAGACUCAUACGAUGGGCCAACAGGAACCACAGGUCAUACAGAGCAGCAAGUCUGCUCAGAGAAUCCAGCCGAAGAACGGAAGUGACAGUGGGCCAUUUUCCAACCAUUGUCGCACCUUCGAUACCCAAUUGAAAGAGCUAAGUCAACAACUGAUGACGGUGAAAGAACGUUUAGGAGAACUUCAUCGAGACGUCGCACUACUUAGAAGAGCGAAUACGCCGCCUGUGGGUACGCGUUACGAACACGUGGCGAGAGAUUGUCGCGUGUUGGAGCAGCAGUUGGAACAUCAUCAGUUAGAAUUAGAACGAUUGAGAAACGUGUUUGACGCUUUGUGGGAAGAACAAUUGUGUAGGAUUCAUAUAGAGAAAGAAAUUUUUCAUUCUCAGAUGGACGAUAUUCUAACUUUAAGGAGCGAAGUGAAACAAUUACAAAGUCUUACUCAGCAAUUGGAACCGUUUGUGAAAUCGUUUUCUACAGGAGUUACCGCAGGCGAAGUGAGCAUGGCAGCUUCGGAUGCUUCCAGUAAUCAACAUCUGCAAGCUUUAUUAGAUCACUUGGCUCGCUUACAGAUGCAGGAACCACCUCAGUCGCAAACUCAAGCACCGACUAAGGAUCAUCGUCAUCCACGAGAAACGAAAGAAAUACCGACACGUUGUCGGACACCGUCGGGUGUCGGUGCCGUAUUAGACUCGAGCGGCAACAUAGUCGUAUAUGGUACCGCUAAAUCUUCCGAUCCGAAAAGAGGAGUUCUGAGGGAGCUCAUUGAAAAAGCUAGAACGAAAGAGGAUCGUAAAAAAUCACCCGGAAGAGAUGACGGUAGUCGAGAUCGUAGUCAAAGCCGACGUUCAAGAAAAUCACCGGAUGGUACGAAACCUAAAACACCACCGGGACAUUCGUCGAGUAGCAAGGUUCGAUCGUUGUAUCGUUCCUUUAAAGGUGCAACCAGUGACACGUCGGCUGAGGCACUCGACCAACCAGAAAGAUGUACGGACGGUCAACAGCAGCAGCAACAACAACAACAGCAACAACAACAAGCACAGUCACACCAAUCAGAAUUUCAAAGCUUUCUAUCGUCGCCGUUAAAAGGUGGAGAUGAGGGGGAAUAUCAACGAAUUUCCGAAGCUUCUAGCAUGGGCGAGGCUAAAAAACGAGUCCAAGCGCAAGUACAUCCUGUACCACCUGACGACCAACAACAACUAUCCAGUGGGAAAGGUACAAAGGUGUAUCCGGCCAGUGACUCCGAGGAUGUCUUCUACGCGGACGAAAAGGCCCCUAACGAUGUUCGAAGACGCAGACGUGCCAGCUGUGACAGCCUAAGUACAACCGGUUCUGGUAGCAGAAGAUCGAGCAUCGUUGACGGGACGGUAGGUCAAACCUCGCAGGAUGCCAGGAAAACAUUCGUUAUUUUGAUCGGAUCAACACCUACGUCGUCAUCUCUGGUGCAGAAGCAGCGUUCCUGGGAGACCUUUCCUCGGCCAAAGAGCAAAAGAAGCGGACCUGGUGAAGCUGCGUCCUCCUCCCUGGGACAACUUAAAAGAGCCGAUAGCUUCGAGGGUCACGAGGAAGCUGUACGAACGUUGGUUGCAGCGGUACAGGAAACCAGAUCGCAUCUGCGUCAACAUCUUCUUCAUCAUCAUCGUCAUCAUCGUAAGAGCAAGACGAAUUAAGGAUUACAGGGAGUCCAACUAUCGAACACACGUCCUUAUGAAGAAGAUAAAUAAUCAAACCCGAUUCUCGAAUCUUUCCUUUCCUUUUCUUUUCUUCUCUUUUUUUUUCUUUUUUUUCCGAAUUGUCUUUUCCCAAUCGAUUAAUUUUUUUCCUACCUACAUCAAUUUAUCGAUUUCUAAACCCUUAAGAAAGAGAUUCCAAUGACGAUUCUCGAAUCAAUUCAAAGUGUACUGAGGAAGAAUAUAAUGAAAGCCUAGAGAAACAUUUAGAACGAUAUUGUCCGAGAGACUGUAACUUUUUUGGUGAUUAUAUACUUGUUGUUAGUCGCGAGACGUAUUGUUGAGAAGAGAGAGAAAGAAAAACAGAAAAAAAAAAACAAACAAACAAACAAAGAAAAACGUUUCGUAAGUUUUUUCGAAGAUUUUGAACACGUCUCGAUAAAUAUAUAUGUAUAUAUAUAUAUCCAUACACGUUACACGUGUAAGACACACACAUGUAAAAACACAUACAUACAUACAUACAUACAUACAUACAUACAUACAUACAUACAUACAUACAUACAUACAUACAUACAUACAUACAUACAUACAUACAUACAUACAUACAUACAUACAUACAUACAUACAUACAUACAUACAUACAUACAUACAUACAUACAUACAUACAUACAGGCACGCACACACAAAUACAGGUGUAUACCAAAGACGGAAUACACAGAGACACGUACUGACAUACAAAGUAGAAAAUGUUUUAAUCCUGUCGAAUUUGCGUAAACGUAAGGCGUAAAAUCGAUUGAGAGAAUUUUUGUUUCGCUCGAAACGUCACUGGGAGACAUUUAUCAAAGGAAUUCGUUUUAUCAACAAAUUGAUAUAUUCUGUUGUUCGUUAAACAUAACUCUUUCAUCACUUCAGAAAAAAUAAUAAUAUUAUAAAGUUUAUUCGUAAGGGAAGACGUGUUCCAAAAUAUUUGGAUUCCAAAUCGAUAACUCCAAGAUAUAUCUGCAAGACGAUUAUGACUCUUGUUAUCGUUGGGUCAUGAUUAAAGAUAACUCUUCUAUAACUUAAAGUAAUAAUAAUAUUAGGAAAAGAGAGAAAAAAAGUUUAGAGUAACGAAAAGAUUUAUAUAUAUAUAAGAACCGGUGAUUAUGAAAGUGGCUUGAUAAAUUAUAUAUUUUAUUUUCGUCAAUAUGAUAUUUGAUUUUGGAUAAUUUAAAUAUGAUUUUAUUAUAACAACGAAGAAAAAAAGUAUGUGUAUAUAUUCUCGAGAAAAAUAAUUUGUUUAUGCGAUUUGAAAGUUGAAAUAAUAAUAACAAGUGACAAGAACACUUUGUCAUUUUAAUGUAUUAAAUAAUUUUGACCAGUUUUAUAAUCACCGGAUUGUAUGUAAGACGAGCAUCGUUCUCUCUUCUAUUAUCAUUAAUUCUUGAUCUCCCAGUAACGGUUGUUGCAUUUAGAGCGUUGAUUAGUAUUAAAGUAGAGGAUACGUUUACGGAAAAAAAAACUGUGCGCGCCAUCGAGCUUGAAGAGUUGAAAUUUUCCUAUCCCUCCAAUUCUAAGAAAAUUUGAUUUGAUCGCGAGAAAGAGACGACGAUAAAAAAGGAGCUGAAGGAUCGGCACCAUCGCACAUUGAUAUUUUAUCGAUAUUAAUAAUAUUGUUAAACUUUUAGAAAAGAUGUCAUAUAAAAUUUGAUAGCAGUAAGGAUUGAUAAAACGUUUAAUAAUGGUGCAUGUCGAUUAUCAGUUUAAUACAGAUUAAUAUGAGAAGUGUGCGUCGCACAGUUCGGUUGGUCGGGUAAAACAAGUUAGUUAGUAAACAACACUGCCAGCCACAAGUACAUUACGAAUUUAAUUGAGGGUACUCAACACACGAAAGAAUAGCCUAAUCCGAUAAGCGUAAUCGUAAUCGAUAAUCGUUGAUUAUUAUACCGGAAUUCAUGUUCAUUGUAUCCUCUUGAUCAGUAAGUCGCGCGAUAUGAGGAUUCUUAACGAUGAUAUAUUUAUUCGUCGUCAUAUAAAAAUAAUACUCACGCAUACUUACAAGAAAUAUAUAUAUAUAUAUACGUACAUGCAUUAAAGAUCGUAAAAUUCGAUCACAAUAAAUCAUGGAAAUCGUCGUCCGGAAGUAUUAUUAUGAUAACUUAAUGAUUCAUCGAGAGUAUCAAGUUAUGGUCUUCGUGAGGGGCUUUAAGGACGUCUUAAUUAUAGCAGAUGUACACGAUAAGUAUGUAUGACAAAAAAUGCCGAAAUGCUGAUAAAGUAAAAUAUACAGAUUAAGGAAUA